CAAAUUUUCCCGCCAGCUGAUCGAAUUGUUGACAAGAAAAUUUUUAAAAGAAUUUAAACGUUUCCCAGGUUAAACAAAAGAAAUAAUAGUGUAAAAAACUACAAAAUGAAUAAAGAUAACUCUUCAAUGGACAUGGAUCCAGAAAUUGCCAAAAAGCUAUUCAAUCAAGGAGCUGUAUUGUUUAUAACUGGUGUCCCUAAAGGCACGGAAUUCGGCAUAGACUUAUGCUCGUAUGUAAUCGGAGAUAAUUUCAGAGGAGUCAAGAUGAUACCACCAGGACCUCAUUAUGUGUGGUGUGCAGCUACGGGUCCCUAUGGUGAUAUAGCGCCCAGAGUGGGUUUUACACAUUUUUUUGAAGAACAAGAGCUGUUGGUAAGGGAGUGGGAUGCAAAUAAUGAAGAGUUGAGAGAUAGGCAAAUAGCCGAACCUGAGUUGGAAAAGCGUCGCUUAAAAGAGAAUCUUAAAAUGUUAGAUUCUUAUUUGGCGCCUUAUGACUUUCGCUAUUGUGGGGAAUGGCGCAAACUAACCGAUACUAUUACCAAACAAUGUGUGGCUAGAUGUAGGCCGGCGUUGGGUACGAUACGCACAAAUGUUGAAUUAUUAUCAUGCCCUGACGCAGAAAGACCCAGAGGCCCCUUAACGGAAACACAUCCAUCAAUGUCAGCUAAAUUGGUAAAUGAUGAAAACGACCUGCUGCCUCAAUUAAAACCAGUGGAGGGAACAGCACCUAGAUUUACCUUCGUGCCCGACCGUAUACCCAAAAAUUCAACACCGGCCGAAAUAUCGAAACACUCUUUGGAUUGCAUACAAGCCUGCAAUGAUUUACUAAACAAUUUUAAUCCGACACAAGAUUUGAUACAGGAAAUACAAUUAUCUUUUGUUUUCUUUAUGGUCGGCUAUUCGGUCGAAUCUUUAGCCUACUGGCGCAAAGUUUUAGCUCUACUAUCACACUCAGAGGAAGCUGUCAGUAAAUACCGUCUACUAUAUAUGAAAUAUAGUGAAGUUUUAGUGCAUCAGUUGCCCCAUUUACCAGAGGAGCUAAUGGAAGCCUCUGAACGUAAUACCGUUUACAAGGAUAUACGCUCAUUACUGGUGAAUUUAAAUCUUAGUGGUUUGCAUAAAAGUGCCGAGUUUUUAUCAAAGAAAUUACAAAAUUCAAUGAAUUGGACAUUUGAGGGAUUGCUGGAUGAAGAUCCGGAAGAUAUGCCGGUUGUUGUAGAAACAAAUGAGUAAUAAGAGUUAACAAAAAAGCAAAUAACCUGCACGUAAGUAAUAUUUAAACAUUUAUUAGUUUUAUUAUUGUAUGUAGUAAUUGUUAUAAUAAAAUUUGUCAUAAAAGAGGUUAAAAAAAGAGAAAAUGAUUGCCGUUUGUAGGGCAUAAACUAUUUAAGUUUUUUAGGUUCCUUAACUAAAUCUUGUUCCUCAA